CCGUUGGGAUCCCGGGAUUAAGUGCGGCGGGGGUGGGGGGGAACUCUACGCGGGGCCGGAGCGAGACCCGAGGGACCUCUCUGUCUUCCCGCCCCAGAUUCAGUACUAAACAUGGGUGCAUUUUUGGACAAACCCAAAACUGAGAAACACAAUGCUCACGGUGCUGGGAAUGGUUUGCGUUAUGGCCUAAGCAGCAUGCAAGGAUGGAGAGUAGAAAUGGAAGAUGCUCAUACAGCAGUUGUAGGUAUUCCUCAUGGCUUGGAAAACUGGUCAUUUUUUGCUGUUUAUGAUGGUCAUGCUGGAUCUCGAGUGGCGAAUUAUUGCUCAACACACUUAUUAGAACAUAUUACUAAUAAUGAAGAUUUUAGGGCAGCAGAAAAACCUGGAUCUGCUCUUGAACCUUCAGUGGAAAAUGUUAAGAGUGGAAUCAGAACUGGCUUCUUGAAAAUUGAUGAAUACAUGCGUAACUUUUCAGAUCUCAGAAAUGGGAUGGACAGGAGUGGCUCAACUGCAGUGGGCGUUAUGAUUUCACCUGAACAUACCUACUUUAUCAACUGUGGAGAUUCACGUGCUGUCCUUUUUAGGAAUGGACAAGUCUGCUUUUCAACCCAGGAUCACAAACCUUGCAAUCCAAGGGAGAAGGAGCGAAUCCAAAAUGCAGGAGGCAGCGUAAUGAUACAGCGUGUAAAUGGUUCAUUAGCAGUUUCUCGAGCUCUGGGGGAUUAUGAUUACAAAUGUGUGGAUGGCAAGGGCCCUACGGAACAACUUGUUUCUCCAGAGCCUGAGGUUUAUGAAAUUUUAAGAGCAGAAGAGGAUGAAUUUAUCAUCUUGGCUUGUGAUGGGAUCUGGGAUGUUAUGAGCAAUGAGGAGCUCUGUGAAUUUGUUAAAUCUAGGCUUGAGGUAUCUGAUGACCUGGAAAAAGUGUGCAAUUGGGUUGUGGACACUUGUUUACAUAAGGGAAGUCGAGAUAACAUGAGUAUUGUGCUAGUUUGUUUUUCAAAUGCUCCUAAGGUCUCAGAUGAAGCAGUGAAAAAAGAUUCAGACUUGGAUAAGCACUUGGAAUCACGGGUUGAAGAAAUUAUGGAGAAGUCUGGUGAGGAAGGAAUGCCUGAUCUUGCCCAUGUCAUGCGCAUAUUGUCUGCAGAAAAUAUCCCUAAUUUACCUCCAGGGGGAGGUCUUGCUGGCAAGCGCAAUAUUAUUGAGGCUGUUUAUAAUAGACUAAAUCCACAUAGAGAGAAUGAUGGGGGUGCUGGAGAUCUAGAAGACCCAUGGUAGCCUUACAAAUCUACUAAAAUGCUUUUGAUUCUGAAAAUUGGGGGAAAAACUUUUAAUCACAGUUUUCUUCAAUACCAGGGAAUAAUUCUGGUGGAUUUCCAACAUUUUGUGAAAUGAGCAGAAAAUUAUCAGAAUUUUCCAUCAUAUGUUCAUUUUUGUGUUUUCUGAUAUUGCCACUCUUAGCAUUGCCUAUACUACAGUAUUUUUGCCAACCUCAGGCAUACUGAUUACAUCUGUAUUGAACUUGAUUACUAGAAACCAAUGGAGUGAUUCUACCAUAAAUCAAUAAACAACCAUAAAUCAAUAAAUGUGCCUGAGGUGCAUGGGAUUAUAGUUGUACUCUGAAGAUACAUUCUGAUUUUUAUUUUAACAAAACUCACAACAUAUAAGCAUGUAAGAGUACAAAUAAUUGUCUGAGACGCUACUUAUUUCACUUUACCAAGUUGGAAAGCUUUUGAGGCUCUGUGGCUUGAAAUGUCAGUUGGGCAAUAUGCUAUAGGAUGUGAAUUUAUUAGUAUUGUUAUUUUUAUUUUUAUUUUUAUUUUUCAGUUUUACCUGUAAUACCAGACUGGGUUCUCCAACAGUGUCCAAAUUGUGAUGUUGCCUUGCUUCAAGAUAAGUGUAUUUGGCAAUAAUAAGAUCAUUUUAGGCAUCAAAAUUCCUUCAGAAUUUUACCCAUGUGCACAACACAUCUUUAACUUCUAACUUUAGAAGUCUCCUUAAACCAAACUGAUUUAACUUAUAAUUAGUUGCAAUUUGCUUUGACAUCUCACUGCUUCAGUUUUUUAUUAUGAAAAUUUGCCUUUAUAAUGUAAAUUGUGAUUUUUUUUGUUCUAAAUGUGGUUUUUCUAUAGUUUGAAUUUUCAGCUUAAGAUAAAAACAGAAGUUUUAUGUAAAAUUGGUAUUUUUAUUUUGUAUUAUUUUCAGAACUCAGAAUAUCACUUUGAGAUUACUAUAAAUACAGUUAAAAUUAUCUAUUUUAGAUCUAAGAAAAUAUUACAGAGAUAUUUUCAUGGGUUCCGUGACCUUUCAUUUUAUAAACAGUGGGCAUGGUACAGAGUGGCUGUCAUGUAAGGUACUUGAAGAUUCUUAGUUUAAUUCUAUUUUUGCAAUAACAUUAAUUUUUCUGAAUUCUUUUGAGUUGUGCAUGUAUUAAGCCCAGUUAAUGCUGAACAUGAAGAGUAUUUAUCUAAAAGAAGCUAUUGGGUAGGGGAAACAAUGAAUGUAUCCAUCUGUAUAUGAUUUACAUGAUGUGGAUGCCUUGUAAACAUUUUUCCUAUUUGUUUAAACUGUGUUUCAGCGAGGAUGUUAUUGCCCUGUGUGUAGUUUAAGCUAAUGAGUCAUCAACUGGUUUUGUGUGAAAUGGAAUUCAUGGUAUUUUCUGUAACUUUUUCCGUAAGCUGUGUCUGUAAAGUGAUACAUUUGCCUACAGCCAGCUUUUCUAAUCAUCCAAUUUCAUUGUGCAUCUGAUUUUUUUUUUUUUUUUUUUGGUCUAUAGACAAUUAUUGCCACGGUAUUAUUUUAUUUAUUCAUUAGAUUUUAGCCUUGUAAGUUAAAGUGUUUUAAAUAAUGUUAACCGGGUUUGGGGGUUGUUAAAAGAUAGGGAAUGAAGAAUGCAAAAUGGUUUAUUGUUCAGACUGUUCGCUCUGGUCCAACCCUGUACUGAUGAUAGUACCUCCCAGUAUGAUAUUGUGAUGUUUCAUACAAUGCAGUGAACAUAACCAACUUGUUAUCUUCAAUAAAGGAUUGAUAAAAACAG